CUACAGGGUCAUCGCUCCUCCCAGUGCUGUCACACCGACCGACAUCUACUUCCAAUCCGACGGAAAGGCAGACCAGCAAGCCAAUGCGAAAAAUGCAGAGAACAAAGGCAGAAGAAGAGUAUCCACCAAAAGUGCGCGUGCCAUAAAAAA